GUGGGACGCUCUGAGCGUCCGGUGACGCGUUCGAUGUCGAGAAUCCGUGAGGCCGCCGAGGCGGCCGCCCGGAUGGCACGGGAGAGCGGCUCCCUGACCGCGGCAGCCGCAUUUGCCGAGGGAGCGGCAGAGGGACAGCGGGAGGCGUCCCUCGCUGCAGCUCUGGCGGCGGGCAUGCGCGGGAAGGUUGAGCGGGACCCGGAAGCCACGGGGGGAGGGGAUUUUUCGCAUCUGGAACGCGCGGCACGGGCGCGGGCGGGGCGGAGCCGGCACACGCGGGCUGUGGGUGCUGGCGCAGAGCCAGGAGAGGGGCAAAGCGAGGCGGAAACAUCAGGGCCAGAAUGGGAACAGGAAAGUAGUUGCGUCAGUCUUGGGGAGGACGACAGUAGCUCUGAAUCUGAGGCAGUGCGGGGUGGAGCUAGGCGAAAGCACAGCCGGAGUCGGAGCAGAGGCGUCCGCACCCCCGUGAUGACGCAGGCAGAGUCGGGGCGUGGCCAGGAUGUAAACAUUCCUCAGGGCACGGUUCCGUUGCAGUUCCCAUGGCAACAGUCAGCCCAAGCCCACAGCCAACCCCUGUCAGCUUCAGACAUGGGCAGAAUAGAACAGUUGUUACAAGAGUCAGUUUCACAGAGUGCAGGGAUUGCAAACGUGAAUCAGUUAUGGGGAGAAAUGCUCAAACAUUUAUCAGGAAUUACCACGGGGUUUGCAAAUGUGAAUCAGUUGUCAGAAGAGAUGCUCAAAUAUUUAUCAGAAGUGCAAAUUGAAGAGCCAAGUGCAGUCCCGACCUCAGUUGGUCAGGCGGCAGCGCCAUCUAGUGGCGGAACCACAACAUUGCAGCAGAUUUUACAGGACCCAGUCAGACAAGGCAAGGUGUCACACAGUGGUGGGACUUUGACAAUUCAAGACUUUUUUCCAGCUUCUUAUAAGAAAAAAUCUAGGAUGAGAAGAGCUGCAUCUGCACGACAGCAGGAAUCUCCGCUGACUCCAGAAGAGUGUGGGACUCAGGACACUUCUGCUGGGGCUCAACAACAGGAUGACACGAUUCGCAUCACUGCCUCGGAGGGUGUCCCAGCUUGGACAAUUCCAAAAUCAAGGUCUGCCAAAAUUUCGGGGCAGGGAGAAUCAAUUUCAGUAUCAAAAAGGGUUGUUGAAUUUCUUUUACGAUAUUUAAGCAUAGCCUUGGAGUCGCAGCCAGAGCUGUUGGUUCAUCUUCCAAAAAUUUUCCAAAUAAUGCAGGGCAGUCAUGUGUUCUCCUCCACAGCAGGUGCUCCACUUUUCUCCGGAGGCACCCAGCCUUCAUCUUCACAGAUGCCGCAGACGCCGUUGGUAUCGGUGAGUGCUGCUGCAUCAAAGCUGCAGUCACCUCAGAUGACUCCACUCUACAGGCAAGUACCCACAGAAUUUCCAGCUUUGCCGGAUGCGAAAGUGGACUGGCAGGACAUUCGGGCAGAAUUGGAGAAGGAGAAAGGUUUAUUGCAGGGUUCGGGAAACAUAGUGAUGCCAGUGAACUAUGAUGCUCAGGGCCAAAACCCGAGAUGGGAACGCCUGGAUCGUGGAGCAAUCAAAGAUUUAGCUAAGGCCAUUCGGGACAAUGGGUUGUCAUCACCAUAUUUCAAACAGAUGUUGAAAAGUAUUUUUGGCAUGUAUGAUUUAACACCGUAUGAUCUUAAAUAUCUCGCAACAUCAGUUCUUACAGACACCCAAGCUCUCAUUUGGCAGAAGGCGUGGCGGAGAUCCCUGGAGGAGCUGAGAGCCAGAUACCAAGGCGGGCCAAACGCGAACCUCACCAUGGUGCAGCUUGCCGGUGAUCCUCCUGAGGACGAUCCAACUCAGCAGGCGGUGAGACUCCCACGACACGUGCUCAGCGACAUCAAAGAGGCGGCACGGAGAGCAAUUCUUCAGAUUGCUCCGGCGGGGGUCCAGGACAACAUCUACACCGAGAUCAAGCAGGGUUCUUCAGAGCCAUUUUCCUCGUUCGUGGAUCGUCUUUCUCAGGCAGUGGAGCGGCAGGUGACCGAGGAGGGGGCGAAACCACAUCUGACCAAAAGCCUCGCGUUCUCCAAUGCCAACCCAGAGUGCAGGCGAAUCAUCAGCAUGAUGCCACACCAGGCCACCUUGGCAGACAUGAUCGAGGCGUGCAGCAAGAGCGAGGACCGAAGUGGGUGUCGGCGAGGCACGUGAAACCUUAUCGGGUGCAGACGCAAGUGGACGUGGACCCGAGAAGCAGAGAAGCAAGCACGCAGACGAAGGCAGACGACGACGCAGACGUCACAUCAGACAACGACUGAUCACCCAGAGACUUGGGGGGUUUUCUUUUCCUGGGAAAUCAAGUGUUGUUUGGGUGUUGCUGCAUUGCGGGGUCUCUCACAGAGGGUGGGGGCAUGGACAUGGGAUCCAGGCAGAUAGUGUUCAUGUGCUUCAUUCUCUUGCCUAUUGCCUUGGGCAAUUGGACAGACUUUCCCGUGAAACAACCAAAGGAAAAUGUGUGGGAAACUUUGGCAAAGGCAGCGGGUCUAGACAGCAUUUGUCUGACUCAUUCAAAGCCAGGAAAACCAUUUUCAACAUGUUUAGUAGGUGUGCCAGUGAAGGAAUGGCCAAUUCCAAAAAGCAUCCCUCCAGAGAUUCUGAAAACUUUUUCAGAUCCUGUGGAAGGAUGGCAAGUUUGGACACAGUACCUUCCUGUGGCUCACUUGGAACCUCCAGAAUUGGACAUUUUUGGAUCAACAAAAAUGAAAUGGUGCAUCAAAUUUGAUUCAUCAGGAGUGGCAAAGACAGAUAAUCAUACAAUAGAUGUCACUCCCAAUCAGCCUUUUUAUAAAAAUGCAUCAUCUUGGUGCAAUCACACAAAAAUAACAAGCAAACCAUCCCUUCAACACCCAGCCACUUUACCGAAGGGAAUGUUUUUCAUUUGCGGGGACAGAAUUUGGCCUGCUAUCCCUGCAAAAAUCAAGGGCGGUCCAUGCAGCAUCGGGGAACUCUCAUUGUUAACACCUGAUUUGAAAACUUUACAAAAGCAGACACACAGGGAAAAAAGAUCCCUUGAACAAUAUAGUCCAAAUUGUGAUGAUGAUGUUUCUACCUGGAACAAGGCUCAGAGAAUUGCAAUAGCAAUUUUCUCACCCCAAACAGCAUCAGGGGUGGCCUUGACACAAUUGGAUCAUAUAGCGUGUUGGUUGAGUAAACACAGUCGUGCCAUUUCGUUUGCACUGAGUGACAUGUUAACAGACAUCAGCGGUGCAAGGCAAGCAGUGCUUCAAAACAGGGCGGCAAUUGAUUAUUUGCUGCUGACACAUGGGCACGGAUGUGAGGAAUUUGAGGGGAUGUGCUACAUGAACUUGUCCGAUCAUUCAAAAUCUAUUCAUGAAAAUAUAAAACAAAUACAGAAUAGUAUUAGCAAAUUGAACAGAGUUACAGGGUCCUGGUGGGAUAAUUUGUUUAACCUUUUUGAUAUCUCACCAUUGUGGAAAGAACUUUCGAAAAUAGCAUUUUAUAUUCUUAUAGGGCUUGUAGUUCUUCUGCUUGUUCUACCAUGCAUUUUCGUGUGUAUUCGAAAGACCUUGAACAGCA